AUGUCAUCCUCCGCACCGUGGUCGCCUGAUUCCUGGCGGUCAAAACCCAUCAAACAAGCACCCACCUACCCAGAUGAGGCCGCGCUCAAGAAAUCAGUAAACGAACUCAGCCGUCUGCCGCCAAUUGUUCACCCAAAGGAGAUUGUCACCUUGAAGCAGCACCUUCGCGAUGUGGCACUUGGCGAAGCCUUCCUGCUUCAGGGCGGUGACUGCGCUGAGCUAUUCGAUUACUGUGAGCAGAACGCUAUCGAAUCAAAGAUCAAGCUGCUAUUGCAGAUGAGCCUGGUUCUCAUUUGGGGCGCCGACAAACGUGUGGUUCGCAUUGGGCGCAUGGCUGGUCAGUAUGCUAAGCCAAGGUCGAGCCCGACUGAAAUGGUGGAUGGUGUGGAGUUACCCUCGUUCCGGGGCGACAUCCUCAACGGCUUUCAUGUCGACGAGCGGGAGAUUGACCCUCAGAGACUUGUCAAGGCCUACCAAUAUUCAUCAGCAACUUUGAACUACAUCAGAGCAUCGCUCUCAUCUGGCAUAGCCGAUCUCCACAGACCGCUGGACUGGGGUCUGGGUCAUGUCCAGGACCCGGAGCUCAAGAGGAAGUACUCCGAGGCCGUCCUCUCCCUUACGGACAUGCUGCGCUUCCUUCACACCAUUGGUGCCGACAAGAGUGACAAGCUUGACACGGUCGACCUCUUCACUAGCCACGAGGGUCUGCUACUCGAGUACGAGCAGCCGCUGACCCGCCUGCUGGAGACGCCCGCGCCGCGCCCCACACUCAACGGCCACUCCGCCACCGAGACGAAGAAGGAGUACUACGACACCUCGGCACAUUUUCUCUGGAUUGGCGACCGCACGCGGCAAAUCGACGGGGCUCACGUUGAGUUCUUCCGGGGAAUCGCAAACCCCAUUGGCAUCAAGGUCGGCCCUACCACGCCGACGGACGACCUGCUCGCCCUGCUGCGUACGCUCAACCCGGACUGUGAGCCAGGCAAGAUCACACUCAUCACACGAUACGGCGCCGCGAAGGUUCGCGCGCUGCUGCCGGCGCACAUCCGUGCUGUUGAGGACAGCGAGUACCGCCGCUGUGUCGUCUGGCAAUGCGACCCCAUGCAUGGCAACACGCUGUCCACUGGCAGUGGUAUCAAGACGCGGCGGUUCCGGGACAUCUUCGAGGAGCUACAGGAGACGCUGCACAUCCACAAGGAACAGGGCAGUUUUCUGGGCGGUGUGCACUUGGAGCUGACUGGCGAUGCUGUAACCGAGUGUCUCGGAGGUAGUGAGGGUCUGGACGAGGAUGACUUGUCCACCAACUACACCAGUUUCUGCGACCCAAGACUAAACGAGAAGCAGGCGCUUGAGCUAGCGUUCUUGAUUGCGGACCACUACAGGAAUGAACGGAGACCGAUAUCCUAG